AGAAGCAUAGGGAAGAGAGGAAAGUCACGCCACUCCUAGAGAUAACCGUUGAAAAUAUUUUGGUCUAUUUCCUGCCUGGUUUUUCCUGCACGCUCUUCGGCGCCUGAAAUCAAGAUCCUGAGGACUGCCCCCCCUCCUUGGCCCUGUGCAGGAAGUGUCCCCGGGGUCGUCUCCACCCCACCAGGAGCUCAGGCUCGGACAGGACAGACCCUGGGGGUCGGGGGCUGCAUGCAAGGGCGGGCGGGCUGAGUGCUGGGCUACAGGGCAGUGCUGAGAGGCGGGGACACGGCGGGGACACGGCGACAGCGGCGGCGGCUCCGCCCGGCCGGCCCUGCCGGGGUCUCGGUACUGGCGGGUGGACAACCCAGUGCGCGCAGGUGUGGCGGUGAAGCUCGCAGCUCUGCUCAGGCCACCCAAGGCUGAGCCCACCGCCAUGGCCAGCCCCCCUGGGGCUGGGGAGGCCCAGGAGGAGGAGGGGUGGGAGCAGGGCUGCACGCCAGGGCCCCCGGCCACGAUGCUGGAGCAGGCCCAGGAGCUGUUCCUGCUGUGCGACAAGGAGGCCAAGGGCUUCAUCACCCGGCACGACCUGCAGGGCCUGCAGAGCGACCUGCCCCUCACGCCCGAGCAGCUGGAGGCUGUGUUUGAAAGCCUGGACCAGGCGCACACCGGCUUCCUCACCGCUCGGGAGUUCUGCCUCGGCCUGGGCAAGUUCGUGGGCGUGGAGGCCACCGCGGGUGCUCUGCCCUCCCGGGCUCCAGAGGAGACCUUCGAGUCGGGCUGGUUGGAUGUGCAAGGCGCCGGGGGCUCAGUGGAGGAGGACGAGGAGCUGCUCUGCUCGGCGCUGGAGCAGCUGGGUGUGGCCCGGGUCCUGGGCGAGCAGCAGGCAAUUCGGGCGCUCUGGACCCGGCUGCAGCGUGAGCGGCCCGAACUGCUGGGCUCCUUCGAGGACGUUCUGAUGCGCGCGUCAGCCUGCCUGGAGGAGGCGGCCAGAGAGCGGGACGGCCUGGAGCACGCUCUGCGGAGGCGGGAGAGCGAGCACCAGCGGGAAGUGCGGUGUCUGUACGAGGAGAUGGAGCAGCAGCUGCGCGAGCAGCGCCAGCGCCUGCGGGGUCAGGGCCUCCCCCAGGAGGAGCGGAGAGGCCGCCUGGAACUGGAGCUGCAGAGUCGCGAGCAGGAGCUGGAGCGCGCGGGGCUGCGGCAGCGGGAGGUGAGCAGCCGCCGCGCGGAGGGAUGCAUGGCGGCCCAGCCCGGGCCCAAGCCCCGCCGUCCCCACGCACUCCCUGGCGACUUGGGGGGCUCUCUCCAGCCUCGACCCCCCGCUCCCCCAGCUGGAACAACAGCUGCAGGCCCGGACCUCCGAGCAGCUGGAGGCGCAGGCGCAGAACGCACAGCUGUGGCUGGCCAACGAGGCGCUGCGGACGCAACUGGAGGGCGCGCAGGAGCAGCUCCGCAAACUGGAGGGCGACGCGCAGGGCCGCCGCGAGCAAGCCCAACGGUGCCGGGGGCGGGCCGGGCCCUCGGGGGCGGGCUCCGGGGAGGGGCGCGCCUGGAGCUCCGGGCUGCCGUCGCCCCCGGCUCCAGCCCCGCCUCUGGGGUGUCCGUGGGGCGGGUCCUCCAGGGGGCCGUGCGGCACCCCGAGGCGCCUUCCUGCAUCCGGAUCACCACCUCCGUCCUGCAGAGACGUGGUCGCGGUCUCGAGGAACAUGCAGAAAGAGAAGCUCAGCCUCCUGCGGCAACUGGAGCUUCUCAGUGGAGCCUCUUCAGGCGGGAACUUCUGUCUACCUGCCCUACAGAGGAGCCAUCCCACCAGCCAGUGGCGGCGGGGGCUUCCGUGCAGCCCUCCCGGGAGGGGUCCUGCUUCCCACAGACGCUCCCAGAAUCAUCACCCAGGCAGGCAGUUGGCUUGGCCCCAACCUGGUCUGGACACGUGUCCCCCGCUCCUCUCCCCGCUGGCGUUUGGCCGUCCUCCUGGGCAGCGCCUCCCCCACCCACCGGCCCCAGGAUGGGCGAGUUUGGGGAGAAGUCGACAACAUGUGGCACCGUCUGCCUCAAGUACCUGCUCUUCACCUUCAACUGCUGCUUCUGGCUGGCUGGUCUGGCCGUCAUGGCCGUGGGCAUCUGGACGCUGGCCCUCAAGAGCGACUACAUCAGCCUGCUGGCCUCGGGCACCUACCUGGCCACAGCCUACAUCCUGGUGGUGGCGGGCAUUGUUGUUAUGGUGACCGGGGCGCUGGGCUGCUGUGCCACCUUCAAGGAGAGGAGGAACCUGCUGCGUCUGUACUUCGGCCUGCUCCUCAUCAUCUUUCUGCUGGAGAUCAUUGCCGGGGUCCUGGCCUACGUCUACUACCAGCAGCUGAACGCAGAGCUCAAGGAGAACCUCAAGGGCACCAUGACCAGGCGGUACCACCAGCCGGGCCACGAGGGCGUGACCAGCGCUGUGGACAAGCUGCAGCAGGAGUUCCACUGCUGCGGCAGCAACAACUCGCGGGACUGGCAGGACAGCGAGUGGAUCCGCUCGGGUGAAGCGGACGGACGAGUGGUCCCCGACAGCUGCUGCAAGACCGUGGUGCCUGGCUGUGGGCGGCGGGACCACGCCUCCAACAUCUACAAAGUGGAGGGCGGCUGCAUCACCAAGCUGGAGACCUUCAUCCAGGAGCACCUGAGGAUCAUCGGGGCCGUGGGCCUGGGCAUUGCCUGUGUACAGGUGUUCGGGAUGCUCUUCACCUGCUGCCUGUACAAGAGCCUGAAGCUGGAGCACUACUGAGCGUGUCCACGGGCACCCGCCCUCCGUGCGCUGCAGCUUCUUGCCAUGCGUUGACUACUGACACUCCUGAGAGCCAGAGUGCUGCGGUCCAGGCGGCGACUCUGCCCCCUCCCCUACCAGGGAGACUGUUCCACUGCCUGGACCCCCACUGUGCCAUCACCGUGCCCUCUGGGAACCCCCAAGCCCCAGAGGCAGCUUCAAGUGCCUUUAGCUACACACCAAAGUCCCAAGACCUAAGGUCAGCCCCACCGAUCUGUUGGGCUGGGGGUUAACAACAAAGGCCCCCCUCCCACCACCGUCUUCUUUGGGCUGAGAUCGUGGCCUUGGGGUGCUCCAGAAAUGGGCUGGUGCAGGGAGCUGGGCAGCAGCAGGUGAGGAGGCCCCAGGUGCCUCCCCCAGGCCCCCGGGGUACCGGGCCUCCUCCUCAACCAGGGAAGAGCCCUCCGGGCCGGGCCUCGGCUGCUCCCCCGCUGACCGCCGUCUGCAGCCUCGUACUGACUAGGUCACCGCUCUCACGCUCCCCCAGAGGCAGGACCCUGAGGGUUAUAGUCACUGCUCUAGUCCAUGCCUAGGACUGCUCUUGCUACUUGAUAGGUGCUCAAUAAAUGUCUGUGGAAUGGA